AUGGAAGAAACAAAGGGAAUGCAACAGCAGCAGUUGAUCCAAGAACAACAGCGACAACAACAUUUUUUGCUCUUACAGCAAUUGCAAAAGCAACAGCAAUCAUCCGCAAUUUCUCGCUUCCCUUCCAACAUUGACGCUCACUUGCGUCCCAUAAGACCCCUCAAUCUUCAACAGAACCCUAAUCCUAAUCCCAUUCUCAAUUUACACCACAACCCUAAUUCAAACCCUAAUUCAAACCAUCUACACCAGCACAACCCUAAUUCAAACAAUCUACACCAGCAGCCCCAACAAAAGAUUAUUCGCCCACCCGGUAAUCAAAUGGAGCUCCAGAUGGCUUACCAAGACGCUUGGCGGGUCUGCCACCCCGAUUUCAAGCGACCUUUUUCUUCUCUCGAAGAUGCCUGCGACAGAUUAUUGCCAUAUCAUGUUGUGGCAGAUUAUGAAGCAGAAGAGGAUGAUAGGAUACUUGAUUCCGAUACAACUGGCCAGAUGCUUUCGAGGUCCCAACAGUGGGAUAAUAAUAUUGCUGCUAAAAUUGCCGAAUUUACAGCAACUUUUGAGAAGCAAACACUUGCCUUCAACAUAAUAUCGCAGAAGAGAAGUUUGGGGGAAUUUCGGUCUGAGGAGAGACUGAUGAUUGAACAGGCACUUCUUCAAGAGGAAAAACGGGCUUUGAUAGAAUUAAGAGCUGAAUUAGAAUCCAGGGAGAAAGCUGGUCGUGAAGCCCACGAGGCUAAACUACGGAUGGCUGCAAUGUAUCAAGCAGAGCAGCAGGCAAGGGCUGAUUCACAAUCUCAUGUUGAAAUGAUGUCUCGAGCCCCCAUAAGAGGGAGUGCACUUGGUUCCCAAGGCAGUGAUAUUGUGAUUGGUGGCCAUGACCUAGGAGAUCAGGAUCACAGUGAAAUGAUGAAUGGAUGGGGAAACAAUGCACAGAGAGAUGAGAAGGAGCCGUCUGAGGAUUUCUUGAAUGACGAAGCUGAAAAUGGUGACUCUGGCAUGCCCGAUGGCUGGCGUGAAGUUGGUGAAUUUGAUUUAAAUGCUAGGUGA